GUUAUAUAAAGUACUCAGUUCCCAGUCUGCUUGUUAUUAACGUCUGAUAGACCAGUCGGAUUGUAGCAAUGCUGCAGAGGGGGAGAGAAUCCGUCUCCACUAUCAUCACUCACGCCGCACCUUGCACUUGAUAGUCGCAGGUUUGGACUCUCCCGCUGGCCCCUCUGUUAGUGACCCGCACCCAGCGAAAGCUGAGCUCAAAUCGAAGGCACCUCUCUCUCUCUCAAAAAAAAGAUUCCGUUGCUGCUGAAACUGAUUUUCUCCAAGCCGUGCGAGUAAGGCAGCGAGAUGCCACGCUCAUUCCUGGUGAAGAGCAAGAAAGCCCAUAGCUACCAUCAACACAGACCCAUCGAGGAUGACUACAACAGCAGGCUGGAGCACAUCCUGGCACACAUCUCCUUAGACCGUAAGAUGGCGGAAGACGCCCCCUCUGCAGAUUCCAAAGGCGGAGUUUCGCCUAAUCCCCAAGCGGUGGAGGCGAGCGUCGUGCCGGAGUCUCCCGUGAGCAGCGAGGAUGGUGUCUGUGGUAGAACUUCCGAGUAUGAGAAUUUCUGGAGGCCCCCCUCUCCGUCUGCAUCGCCAGACUCUGAGAAAUCUCUCUCCCCGUCUCUGGAUGAGAAUCAUCCCUUCGCGGUGCCUCUGAAGCAGUUUGGAUGGAGUAACUACACAGGUUCCGAGUUGAAGUUCCUGAAUUACCGCCCCCCAGCUCUGGAGCGGAGCUCCGCCGUGGGGCUGUACAACGAACGAAACUCCAUUGCUGGCCUCUACCCUAGCCCCGCCCCGGGCUUUUACAACGACCACGGUCCGGCUCACGGGCUUUACGGCGACCUCAACACCGCGUCCACUCUGUACAACGAGCGGAGCCGCAACUUCGAGAAAAGUGACGAAGUGAAAACGGAAUCCGGGCUCCUUUGCACCCGACUGCUUCUCAACAACGGCUCCUACAAGUGCAUCAAAUGCAGCAAGGUCUUCUCCACUCCUCACGGUCUGGAAGUCCACGUCCGCCGGUCUCACAGCGGUACACGCCCUUUCGCCUGUGACAUUUGCGGCAAAACCUUCGGCCAUGCGGUCAGUCUGGAACAACAUAAAACUGUUCACUCGCAGGAAAGGAGUUUUGACUGCAAAAUCUGCGGGAAAACAUUUAAAAGAUCGUCCACAUUGUCCACGCACCUGUUGAUCCACUCAGACACCAGGCCCUACCCAUGUCAAUUUUGCGGGAAGAGAUUUCAUCAGAAGUCAGACAUGAAAAAGCACACCUUCAUCCACACAGGUGAAAAGCCCCAUAAGUGCCAGGUAUGCGGCAAAGCUUUCAGCCAGAGCUCGAAUCUGAUCACCCACAGCCGCAAACACACCGGAUUCAAGCCGUUCGGCUGCGACCUGUGCGGCAAAGGGUUCCAGAGGAAGGUGGAUCUCCGGAGACAUCGCGAGACACAGCAUGACAUCAAAUAGACCUGGAAAAAUAUAAUUCUGGACUCCUGCACAGCAAGGGGCCACGCGAAACUCUACCUGGGAUUAUAACCCUGGUCCUUCUGUGACCCACGCUGCCCACUGACCAGCUGCGGCCUUAAACCACCGUCAGACUCUUAACAGCAGGUGCUCGUUCGAUUUGUGCAGUGUUUCGGAAGCAAACUUUUUUUUAAAUAAUUGUAAAUGGGUGCAUCAUUGUUACAAUAUUUUUGGGAUGCAUGCGUUUAAACCAUCUGAAAGAUGCUUUAUUUCUGAUCAGUAAAGGGAACAGUCUGAUUCCCCGUUGCUCAACGUUGUAACCUGUGACUUUGAAAUAGAAGCACAGUAAUAAUUUAUAUCUAAAAAUCCCGGAAGGCCAGUCCGCCACAGCCCGGCGACCCUUGGUAAAUUUUCUAAAAUCCACUUACAGCUUCCACUUAAGCACCCAUCGAAAGUCUUACAGAAACAAAAUGCAGUAGUUGAACAAAUAAUUGCAUUGUAAAACUCAUUGUGAUCUACAUAUUUCGCAUGUCAUUACCAUUGAUUCGUAUCAACUGUUAAGAGCGGAAAACGUCAAUGAUUUUGUUUCUGGGAGACCUGGUAUUUAAUCGCACGUCGCAGGAACGGGAGAGAUUCCCGUCACCUUUGAGGCGACGAAGCUGCCCAAACGCCAGCAGGAAGACCUUCGGGAGCAGACAGGUAUCCCUAAUGAUUCGAAAUCGGCCCUCGGAAACCCAUAGCCUGGAAAGAGAAGGGUGGGCCAGGAACCCUCCGAGAUAUGAUAACCACGACCAUCUCAGGAAAGGAGACAAACGAAGCUGCGGUAACUACGGAGAGUUCUCCUUGUACGCGGUCAACGAGAAGGUCAUUGUUAGGAUCCUCCGGUGCCUGAAGAGCUGUUCCUCCAUUUGAAACGGGAGCUUUGCCCGUAGAGGAACAAUGAAGCUGAACUUCAUCGGAUGCCAACUCGAAUACAAGUGCAGUGAGCAGUGCCCAAUGUCACACUGGCCUUCUUUGAUCUGACAGAGACCGUGGGCAUCCUUCUCGAAUUUGCCGCAGGCCACGAUUUUAACCAACAACAGAUCCGAUCUCGGUGAAGACAAUGGCCAGCAACGGUGCGUCACCUGUGCACCCCUCUGUAACACUCCAAGUCAAUUCCCACUGGAAUGGAACGAACCCCCGGGACAGACGGGAAAAUAUCCAACCCGCCAUACUUACACUCCGCAAUCGAAGUAAUCUCCGCUUCAGUUUUCAAGCCUGGUACAAUACAAUUGGUGUAUCUCCACCUUUGGAGAACUAGCUCCAGAUUACGACAGGCAUUAAAUUUAAUUCCCACAAACCCAAGGUCCGACAGCAUCCUCCCCCUGUGGUACACCAAGGAGCACCAUGAAACGCCGACAGGCCCUGAUGAUGAAAUCCGCCAUUACCUCCAUUGCACUCAAUUCUCCUUCGGCCAUCUGAAAGAAACGUUGAAGAACAAGACCUCCAGUCCAAAAGUUCUUGGGUUGACGCGGAGAAAUGAUCACGGCCCUCCUGUGCACUUUUGGGGGAUGGGUUAUUAGUGGUGCAAUGACACCAGUUGAAUGUGAAAUUCUCCUAAGGCGAUGUCUAUGGGUGGGUCGUCAGCUAGCUGUAGAGGCUGAUGCGGGAUGGACUACCUCUGGCACUGGAUGACCGCCACCAACACUGAAAUCUCCAAAUCUACUGCUGUCCAUUUCCCACCACUUACCUCCCAAUUGCUCUCAGAAGGCUCCGCUGGACAGGUUGCAUUGUUUACGUAACCUAAGUACUCGAAUUCAAGUCCCUAUUGGGCAAGAGAUUACCAAGUGGGCACGGAGAAAACCUCAAGAAUUUCCCCCCAGUCUCCUUGAAACAAAAUUGUAAAAUCCCCAUCUAGUUGUCAGGGAUCCUGCUCAAAAUGGUGAAGGGUUGGUUUGGGAAUUACACGCCCCUUCACAGGAACACCAGGAAGCCCAAUGUAUCUGGCGGAAAGGAGAUACAUUCCUAUUCUACAUUCACCUGUCUAACUACCCACCCGCCAUCUCUGUCAGACACAUCCUGUAACAGAGUGGGUCCUGCCUUCGCCUCAUUUCUCAGAGACCCUAUGGAACUGGGAUGGAAACUGGCCACCCCCUGUCCCAGGGGGCUGUACGUGAAGAAGGAACCUCUCAGCAGGUUUUUACAUUACAAGAAAUAGGUUCGCCCCUACUCUGACGGUCCGCAACAGCGGUCCCGCGGAGAUGUGUUUGCUAAAUAGAUCAAUCUAAUAUUUAUUGUAACUCGCUUUGAGUUUUUUUUUAAGAGAUGAUAAAGUAAUUAGGGGACACAAGAGGCUGCAGACACUGGAAACCUGGAGAAACACUAACAGAAGGAACUCAGCGGGUCAGGCGGCGCCGUGGAGGGGAAUGGAUAGAUAACGCUUCCGGUCCAGACCCCUCAUUAGGUGACCUCCAUAGAUACUGUCUGACCCGCUGAGUUCUUCCAGAUAUUCUUUGUGUUAAUAACGUCAUUAAAUGCUCAAGAGAAAAUUGGAAAUAACAUAGCUUCAAUAAACUCCCUUCUGCGGGAAUGUAUCUAUCAUGAGUCUUACAGUAUACAAGCUUUAGGAAGUCUUUCAUCAAUUGAAAUCAUCAUUCAAAGUCAAAAGGGGAGUCCGUAGAAGAUUUCUUCCUUUUAUUUUUUUUAAAUUGAAACAGAGUAAUUUAAAAAGUGCCUUAUAUAUGAGAGUCAUUAAAUAACACAGACUCCGGUCUUUAUCACGACCUACAUGCGUCCGGCAGCAAGUAUAAAUAUUCCGGUGAAUGGUUUCGGCCUGUAACGUCGACUGUUACUCCUCGCCAUAAAUGCUGCCUGGCUUGCUGACUUCCUCCAGCAUUGUGUGUGUGUUCCUCAAGGUUUCCAACUGCAUAAUCUCUUGAGUUUAAUAUUAGAAGCUAGUUUUUUUGGGAGAGCAUUAGAAUUGGUGAAAAGGGAAAAUUGACUAAUGAGUAAAGGCCACCAAAUUCAGAGGUGGAACGCCUUACUCAAGUUUGUGAAUUUUGUGUUAACUUGUGUGUGAUACUAUAAUAUAUUGCAAUUUAUUUAUUCAUAACGCCAAGGA